GCCAAAAAAUGAGCAAAAAAUUUUUUUGCUCAGAUUUUUGGCCAUCGAAUGGACAUAUUCAGCCAAAGUAUGUUGGACCCCUAGGCCAGAAGCCAUUUCCCGUAUCUGUUAAUCUUUUGGUGUAAAACUUGUAUGUUUGAGAGGGUUUAGCAAAACCCCCAAAGAUGGGCGGCACUUGGAGGUUCAUCUCCCUCAUCGCCACUCCAUUUCCCACAUUCCUACGACCACGCCCCUCUUUGAUCCACUUUCGUCGUUUGGGAUACUUUUCUCGGCGCCUCACGCUCACAGUCCAUAUAUCCCCUCUUUCACCUAUCAAUUCCUCCCAACAACAACAACAAUUCCACGCCCAACCCGUCAAUAAUAAUAAUAGCCCACUCAACUCUUCUGCUUCUGUUAGGUCCCACCCUUGGCCUGAAUGGAGUAGCUUAAUUAGCGUACUUACUGGCAAUGGCCAGCUAGCUCCUGCAGUAGAGGACUCCUUCGUAGCAUACGAGGAGUUAUCAGAUGACUUCGUUCGUGCUGCUAGCGUCUGCUUAGCGUUUGCUCGGGACAGCCGAAAACUCAUAGGGUCGCUUUCAAGGAGGGAUAUUGAGGCCGUUGUAUCAAAUGGGACACCAUUUUUGUUCAAAGCUGCUCUUGAGACAGCAAGAAGAAUGAGGGCAUUCUUGGGUAUUGACGGGAGCACUGUGCUGGAUCGUGACAACGCAAACAUGGUUGAUCUCAUGAAAUACAUAUUAAGUUAUGCGAGUAAACCCACUGUUUCUUCAGAAAAAAACUCUCUCUAUAGCAGGGAACUUAUAGAAUCAUCUUGCCGGAAUCUCCUGCGUGAGUUGGUUGAAGUGAGCUGUGGAGCUCCUGCAGAGCAAUAUCAGUUUUCAGGUAGAUAUGGACAAACACCAAGGCCUACUACACAAAAUAUUGUAAUGAAGAGAGGCGACUGGAUAUGCCAAAAGUGCAAUUUCAUGAACUUUGCGAGAAACAACAAAUGCCUUGAAUGUGAGGAACCUAGACCAAGGAGACAGCUGACAGGCGGGGAGUGGGAAUGCCCUCAAUGUUAUUUCUUCAAUUAUGGGAGAAAUGUUGUCUGCCUGAGAUGCGACUUCGGACGACCAGCUGAGGCUUCACUUAGAGCUACUCACUCCAGUGUGGAGGCUGGGUACAAUGGGAACUCUGCGUAUCCAAAUGGAAUUGAUCCUAGGUUGGCUGAGAAUGAGGAGAAGGCACAGCGGUGGUUUUCUAAGGUUUCUCAGAUGAACAACGCCUCUGAUAUGGAUAGUGCAGUGGCUGACGAAGAUUUUCCCGAAAUAAUGCCGUUGAGGAAAGGAGAAAAUAAGUUUGUUGUAAGCACAAGGAAAACACCCUUGGAAAGGAGGUUGGCCAGCAAUCCAUACCAAAGAAACUUGGGUGACAAUGGUAUCCCAGAAGGUAACACUUUGACUGGUGGUGCACAUAGUAUCCUUGACACAUCAGUGAAACAGAAUAUGGAUCAAAUAUCAGGAACAAGUCAUAAGGGUGCUGCUGAUGAAAAUAGUGAGUCAGCCAUUCACCGUAGUGGAAAAGGUUCUAAAUAUGUUCCUUUUGUGCCAUUACCAACAGCCAUGUUUAAUAAAAAGAAUGAAACUUCAGUAAUGGAUGAGAAAGUGAAGGAAGAAGUUGGUGUUUCUCACACUCCUGAGGAUAGUCACCAAACAAGUUCAGCAAGUCGUGGCAAUGACUUUGGAAAGUCCAUUGAUUCAAAUCGUGCACUCAGUGAGGAUAAAGAGAGAGAACAAGCUGAGAAGUCAGAGAGCUGGUUCAAGAAAAUCGCAGAGCUGCAUGAUGUCAAAGACUUACCAAGUGCCAUCUCUGAUGAUGACUUCCCAGAGAUCAUGCCAAUGCGUAAAGGAGAAAACAGAUUUGUAGUUAGCAAGAAGAAAGAUCGUUCUUUGACUUCUCCAAUGUACAAAAGACAAGUGGCCAUGGAACAGGCAAACAACAGUAACUUUGUCCCAUUUGUUCCAUUCCCUCCAGGCUACUUUUCGAAAACGGACACACAACAGGCAGAUAUCACAGAUUCUUCCUCUCUGUAUAGGGUUGAAACUUCAUCUACCAGCAACUCAGAUCACAAGGGAUCACUUUUGAAUCCUCUUUCCAAAACCUAUUGUGAGACGGCAGAUGUAGAGAAGACACAUCAGCAGUCACAUGAUCCUGGAUAUAAGUUCACCGAUAGUAUUACUGCACAAACACCUGAUGAUCAAUUCACAAGUUCUAGGUUUGUAAGUCCAAAUUUCUCUGGGGAUCAGGGGGUCCAUCGUGUUGGAAAUAUAGGUGAGACCUCUGUUGCUUCCGAUGCUUCCAGCACUGAUAGUAGUGGCAGUAGAAACUCCGUGAAAGAGGAUGUGUCCUCAUCUGAGACUUCGGUAGUGGGUUCACCCCAGCUGCCUGGAAACCGGAAUGUUAGAAGUGGAUGGACAGGAAAGAGUUUGGAGGGGUCUGCUGUGAAGGAACCAGAUCCUUUAGACAUGUCUGAAGAAGCCAAGGCUGAGAGGUGGUUCUGGCGUGUUGCUCAAAUAAAAGACAUUUCUGAAUUGAGUCAGAUCCCAGAUGAAGACUUCCCAUCGAUUAUGCCAAUGCGCAAGGGGGUUAAUAGGUUUGUGGUGAGUAAGCGGAAAACUCCUCUUGAGAGAAGGCUGACAUCAACUCAGUACCGGAGAAAUCUUCCCGUUGUGAGUUCUGAUCCCAUGAAAAGAGAGAGCGACAAUAAUGAAAAAUGAAUCAACAGAGACCGCGCCCAAGUUUUUGCAAGCCAAUUUUUUGUUCGGUUGAUUUCUCAGAUAAUUCAAGCCAAGCAUCAUUAUGCAAUUACUGUACGUGUAGUCAAUAAUAAAUAAUAAACUAAAAAUGUGCAACUUCGCACAGAUUUUAUUAUGGCUUAUUCACUGUAACAAAUUGCAUAUAUGAAUGAAAGCCAACUGAUAGGGCUGGUUCUUAGGUC